GAAACGUAAACCAAUGAUUUACCACAGGCCAAGCUUGGCGACCUCAUGCGUUUGGCAGGAUACAGAGAGCACCACGUUGACCUUCAGGCACGGGAUUGAUGGUCUGGACCCUGAAAAUGGUGCCAUUUUCAAAGGCUCAGCACCCUCUCCACUAGUUCCACUAUGCCUGGGGUUGGUUGUCUUUGCGAGUUCGUCGACAGUAGGUACAGAUGAUGCUGAAGGUCGAUUCUUCUACGGAUAUGAGGAAGGCCGUAGUGGACCACAGCACUCUCCCCAGAACGAUCAGGCGUCACGCAAGUCAAGACAGGUUCGCUCGGAACCCAACCCCGGUGCCAAACCCUUGGUAUUCGCAUUUCAAACCCCCCUGCCAGUGCAACACGCCCAAGUUGAUCGACACCGAAUUCGAGAGCAAAAGCAACACGAGCAAGCCGGAGAGGACACGGCCUGCAUGUUUCGAAACUCGCAAAGAGUUCCUCCGCCGCCCGCCUGCUUCUUGAACCUCUCUUCUGUGAGGCUGAUCCCCCCCUUUCUGGCCGUUGAGCCAUAUGUAAACCUAACCUAAUCUUCAGACAUUGCGUGCCUGGGUUUGGGGGUCCAAUGGUGGCGUUCGGUGUCUUUAUUUCUUUCCCUUCGCAUGCGACACUCGUGGGCGCUUGGAUGAGGUUCUAUUAACCCGGGCACUCCUCCCGCGUUUUGUCACAACUGGUCUCGACUCGUUAGAGAUUUGUUACUCGUCUUUGUUCAGUUUCCUCGCUCCUUGAAUCUGACAUUGUCUCCCAUUCCAUUAGUUGCGAUGACGCUCAAAGGUGACGCCGUGUGGGCGUUGGGGGUGAUGUGGUUUUUGUGUACCCUGGUGUUCUUGCUGAUGUGCCUCCGACUGUACACCCGCAUCGUCUGCUUGUCGUCUUAUGGACUUGACGACCACAUCUACAUUGUGGCCUUUAUCUUUCUCCUCAUCUUCACCAUCUUUACCCACCUCUCGGGAACCGUGGGCUUUGGGCAGACGAUGGAGGAAAUCGGCGACAUGGAACUAGUAGUGAAAGCCACUUUGUACGAGUGUAUCGGUCAAGGCUUUGCCAUCGUCGGUAUGGCCAUCGCCAAGGCGUCUCUGGGUACUUUCUUGCUCCGUCUCGUCACUGUGAGGUGGCACAGAAUCGCCAUUUGGUCAGCCCUGGGGCUCGUGAGCGGCGCCUCCAUCGCCCAAGUUCUGUGCUUCUGGCUCUCAUGCGUUCCCGUCAACUACGUCUACGACCGCCGCAUCGAGGGGGGCUACUGCCCCAUCGACACAAGGCCGACUUCUUACCUUCUCUGCACUUCCACCAUCGUCGUCGACUUCUUUUUCGCUCUCUUUCCCUGGUUAAUCGUCAUGCCCCUACAAAUGCCCAAACGCGAAAAGUUCACCAUCGCCGGUAGCAUGAGUCUCGGCUUGAUUGCUGCCGCAGCUGGCAUCGUUCGCACCUUCGAAGUCGAAGGCCUCUACACAGCCUCGUACCUCAAGGACUCCGUCGGUCUCAUCGUCUGGUCCUCCGCCGAGAUGGCCAUUACCCUCAUCUGCAUCGGCAUUCCCGUCUGUCGUCCCCUCUACAAGCGCGCCUUCCGACGUCUCCUCGGCGAGAGCAACAGCGGCUACCACAAGCAAUCCGGCGGCAAGGACGGUCAAGGGUCCUCUCACGCUCUGCAAACCAUCGGCGGUGGCGUUCUGGGCUCCGACGGCAAACCGAUCUCAAAGAAACUUGCGCAAUCGCAGCAGGUAUCUGCCAAUAAGGAUGGUCGCACCACGGUUACAGGGCAGAAUGAGAGCACAGAUAAUAUCAGCUUUACGGAUGUCAAGUUGGGCGUUGAUGGGCCAUUUACACGGACGACGGUGGGGAGGGGAUGUGACGGGAGUGUAGGCAACGGGAACAGCUCUGAUGAGGAGAUCCUCAAUGAGUACAGGCGGAGUCAGAUGGAUGACCACAACGGGCGCGUGAUGAGGGUGGAUGUUGAGCAGGGAAGGGUGCAGCAUGGGGAGCACAGUCAGGCGCACAAUCACAACGGUAUCAUGAUUACAGAAACCUACCGAGUGGAAAGGUCCUGACUGGAGAUGAAAAUGUCAGGGGAGAGAGAAGCACGGUCGUGGGUUGACGUGUGAGGCAGUCCGUCAACCUGCAGUGGGAUGGCACAGGGGAAAAGGGCAUGGGAUAUUCGGUCGUUACUUGAGGCAUUAUAGAGAGUUUGGAGUUUGGUAAUAUCGGGCGCAUGAUACAUACCUCACCUGCAUGGCUCUGGGGUUGUAUGAUUUAAACACACACGUAAACAGUACAUAUGGGAGACGCACUAUUCCUCUCGUUGUCUCUUCCGUCUUCCUGAUGCUUGUGGAAGGGCCCUCCAACA